UCAUUAACUGUGUUUCUACUUUCUCCUGUCUGACUUCACUGACUUUCUGCCAUCAUCCCCAUCUCUUUGGCCUCUUCUCUCCCAUAAUUGUACCCCCCUCUCUCUCUCUCUCUCUCUCUCUCCAUUUAUUCUCGUUUAGUUCCUCCUAACCACUCAGCAGGUGGUAAAUACUAGAAACCCAUGAAGACGAUCUUGUCUUCUGGUAUUCAAACUCCCCCAAGGAAGCAUAUCACUGAAGCAUAAUCUUCAAUAGAAAAGAAUCGAGUGAGAAACUUUUGGAAUCCAUCUAAUCAGCUAGAUAUUUGGAUCCUGGCGAACCAAUUUUCCUUCUGUUGGUGGUGUUGGAAUUUCAUGAACGUGGAGCCAAAACAAGAACUAGUUCUAUGGAACUGCAUUCAUAGUAAAUUGAAAUAGAAGAACAUUUUGUUUCCUUAUGGCAUCUUGGGCGUGAUCUACUUGAUUCCCUCAAGUUGUUUGAGUCUGAAGUAGAAGAACACCAUAAGUGGAUUAUAUGUGCAAGGGUGACACAAGAAUGUUAAAGGAUUUGGAUGAAGAAUUAGGCCCGAGCUUCAAAUGAAUGGCAGGGUGCAUAUGAGUCAUAUCCGACCAUCUAGAAGUUAUUGGAGCUAUGCUGGCUUACAGACUGGCUAAUCUUCUUCCAAAAAGAGUAGUUCUAUUUAUAGGGGAUGUUUUCUACUGUGGGUUGAGCUACUAUUGUGGUUGCUGUGCUUUUUCUUCCUCUCACCUACUUUCUUCUAAAAUUUCAGUUUUUCAUUUGAAGAAAAAAAGAAAAAGAAAAAAAAGAAAAAAAAGAAUAACGACCUUCAUAGAAUAUUCCUUUUCUUUUUAGUAUGAAAAUUUUAUGUUGCUUUAUAAAGCGUCUCUUUGGACUGAAGUAAUCAAAAUUCAAGCUAGCAGUUGCUUGCUCCAAAAUCUGUCUUCUGGGCUUUCAGUCUGAGUCUUUAAAUAGUGAAAAACUUAGUGAACACAGUCCGUAAUUGGAUCUAUUGUCCUUUGGUUGGCCUUUUUCUGAAGAAACGAUCUCUCAACCUCACUGCAUUACUCAAACAUGGCAACACCAAACUCGAACUUGAAAUCUGAAAAUGAGUCAAGAGUCAGCAGCCAAGUAGCUUCAAACCUCCCUGUGCAAGAAGUAUCCCCUGAUCCCUCCAAGGACAGCACGACCAAUUCAUCCUGUCUCACAAAUGACCUUAACCUUCAACCAGAUCCAGAGCCUGUCUCCCUUGACUUGACACUCCACUUCAGCAACCGUGAUGCUGAACUGAAGGGCAUGGGUGAGACAAGUGAGGUAGCUGCCCAUAAUUCCUCAGCCACAGUUCCAAGGGUUUUCUCUUGCAAUUACUGCCGGCGCAAGUUCUUUAGUUCACAGGCACUGGGUGGCCAUCAGAAUGCACAUAAAAGGGAAAGGACAAUGGCAAAGCGUGCUAUGCGCAUGGGAAUGUUCUCCAAUAGCUAUACUAGCUUGGCAUCUCUGCCCCUUCAUGGUUCUUCAUUUCGGUCCCUUGGAAUUGAAGCUCAUGCUGCAAUGCAUCAAGGAAUACUACCAUCAGAAAGGCCGCCUAGAGGUGGAGCAAGGUUUGAACAAGGCUAUUUUGGACCGCCGAUGUUCAUGGAAGAUGACGAUGUGGGACUGUUUUGGCCUGGAAGUUUUCGGCAGGUGAGGGAACCGGUGGAAUCAGUUGCUGGUACUUCUACUUUGGAAUUAGGUCCAAAUGCAAAUAUGAAUUUUGUGGGAAAUGAGUCGAGGACUACUACUUCGUCACCCGAUCUUACUUUGAAACUUUGAGAUUUUUCGUCUCAGAUAGUAUUCGCUUUGUACAUGAGAUAUGCAAUGUCAACGGCUAUGUGAUUUAAGAUUUUAUCUUUUUAAUCAAAACAUUAAUGUUUUUGGUUUAUCAAGGAUGUUUUUGCUGGUGUUGUAUAAAACUUUCUGGAGAAUGAAAUCAAUUGAUUGAGAUUAUCAAAGUAA